AUGCCCACUACUACACCUACCCCAUCCCCUCCGCCCUCCUCCAUUCCCGGUCUCACACCCUUCCAGCUAGCCUCAUUCCGCCAGAAUGGCUACCUGGUAAUCCCCAACUUCCUCAGCGGCGGCGAGGUCUCCUCCCUCCUCCAAACCACCCACGCCCUCCUCGACGGCUUCCCUCUCGCCUCGCACCCACUAACCUGCUUCACGACCGGCGACGAGUCCGAUGACGACACAAGCUACAGCACCAACAACGCCAAGGCAAAACACAUCGGCGACCAAUACUUCCUCACCUCCGGCAACAAAAUCCAUUUCUUCUUCGAGCCGGACGCCUUCAUCCCCAACUCCUCCCCGCCCGAGCUGCGCAAGCCAAAGGCCCUCUCCAUCAAUAAAAUCGGCCAUGCCCUCCACGUCCUCUCCCCGCCCUUUGCUCAGGUCACCGUGCCCUCCACUCCCGCCGCCGCCGGCUCGCACAACGGUAUAAGCACAGGGGCCCGUAACGCCGCCAUCGCCCGCGACCUGGGCUUCCGUGACCCGCGCGUCCUGCAGUCCAUGGUCAUCUGCAAGCAGCCCGGCAUCGGCGCGGCCGUGCACCCGCACAAGGACAGUGAGUUCCUGUACACAGACCCGCCAAGCGCCGUUGGGUGGUGGGUGGCGCUGCAGGAUGCCGGGAAGGGGAACGGGGCGUUGGGGGUGUGGAGGGGUAGUCAUCGACGGGGUAACAUCCAGCGCAGGCUUGUGCGGUGUAUUGGCGGCGAAGCGGACGGAGGCACGGAGUUUGUGAAAUGGGACGGUCCUGGGCUGGCGGCUGAGUUGGCUGCGGAGGCUCGUGAUGGUCAAGAUCAUGGGAAUGGGGACGAGGAGCCGUAUGAACCCCGGGACGAGGAUUUCGAGCUGCUGGAGGUCCAAGCUGGGUCGUUGGUGCUCAUUCAUGGGAAUGUGUUGCAUCAGAGUGAGCGGAAUACCAGCGAUAAGAGCCGGUUUGCGUAUACGUUUCAUGUCAUUGAGGGGGCAGAGGGGUGGAAGUAUGAUGAGCGGAAUUGGUUGCAACCUGAGCCCGGGGAAGGGUUUACGAGGCUCUUUGCGAAGGUGUAUUAAGUAACGGGAAAUACGGCAGAUGGGUUUACGCCUGUUGGCCGUUGAUUGCAGUGGAGGAGAGCAAGUGAUUUGUGGGUGCUGAGUUGCGUAAGUUCCCCUAGCAAUGUUUUCAUUGCGGAUAUGCUAUAUUGUCAGCGGCAUGCCCGGAUUGUGUUGUUUCGAUGUACGUUGCAAGCAGGCAUUUUUGGGGAGAUAUGGGAAAUGUGUCAACCACAGUUGAGGAAGCAAGUGACGCUGAUUUAUAUGAAUGUCGAUGUGUAUGAUAUUCAUUUGUCAAUGCUUUCGUCACUGAUAUAUGUCUCUUUUGUUUUGGGCACUUCUCUGUCGGGGCCUUGGAGGUGGAUUUUUUUUUUAACGACCGUUGCAGUCCUCUAUGAAUUUAAGAUAAACCAGGCUUCACUUGCCCAGCUAUGCUAUUCUGAAUCUAUACUAUG